AUGCCGGCGUUGCGUCUGUUCGGCCGGAAAUGGUUAGCCGCGUCGGACGACCUCGUGUUUCCGUGCGUGUUCGAGAUCUGCUUCCGGAUCGUAUGGCUCGGGCUGAUUUCGUGCGUAACGUCCACCUACUGGAACGUGACCGAGGAGUGCGGUGAGGAUGCACUCCCGGUGCGGAUUUACCUCGUAGGGACCAUAGUGUUAAUUAGUGUAAAUAUAGUUCUACUCGUCGUCUUAGUCAAUCGGAGCGCCCAAGGAAGCAUCACCGAGGUGCACAAGCGCCGCCUGGUCGCGCCGCUGCUGGUUAUAAAAAUACUUUUAAUCCUGCCGGAAACGGGACUAAAUGUGCUCGGUACCAUGUGGGCGUUUUGCGGAACGUUCCAGUGUAAAAGCAACGAUAAAGUAUCCCGAACUGUGAUCGAAGCCAUCGUACUAUUCAACUGGGUAGUGUUUGCGCUGAUAAUCUUCGGCCUGGCCAUCGUCUUCGACCCGCUCGGAUCGGCCAAGUACAAGAACGGCCGCGACACGAACGACAAUGGCCCCACGGAAUCGGCCAUCCACCGGAAGGUGUCCAAGCUGUGGUUCCGACGGUUCCGGUGGGCGUUCUGUUGCCUGCGGCGAGAUGAGUUUGGCCACGAGGCGUUCACGCAGGUCGCAAGCCUGCUGAGCGCGUUGUUCCGUGGUACUGACCUCGUGCCGUCCGACAUCGUGGCCGGUUGUGUACUGCUGCGUGUCCGGCAGAAGCGUGAAACGCGUGAAAUGCGCCGAAUACGCAUGCUGAAUGACGACGGACCACGGUAUUCGACGGACAUUACGCGCGUUUUUGCAACCUCACCCGCCUGGAUGACGAUCAAAAACGCAAGGCACUUCCUGCGCUUCGCUCUGGCCGCUUACGGGUGGCCAAUGGUGUGCUAUCUGAACUGCUGCACUGGUCCGUACCGGUUGGUUCCGAAGAUGACAUGCUGCGCCUGUUUUCGGCGAAAACCCCAAAUCAUCAUCGACGACAACUGCUGCCUGUGUCAUCUGGCUGGCGUGCGGCACACAUCCCGUCUGCGAAGUGAGGACGUCCUGCACGCGUCCUUCAAAAAUCACGUCUUUGAGUUACCAUUCUGCAUCAUGGCGGACCACAGCACGAAAAGCAUCGUCAUCGCGAUCCGGGGCAGUUUGUCGAUGCGUGACGUGUUCACGGAUCUGGUCGCAAAUGCGGAACGCUUCGACGCCCCGGGUAUGCCACCGGAAUCGUCCGCCCAUCGUGGCAUGGUGGCCGGUGUCGAUUGCAUGCUGAAGCGGCUCCGUGAAGGCAACAUCCUCGAGAGGAUCUGCGCUACCUUCCCGGAGUAUACGCUCGUCCUGACCGGGCACAGUCUCGGAGCGGGUGUCUCGAUCCUGCUGGCAGCGAAGUUGCGUAGUCGCUUCCCGGAUCUGCGAGUGUAUGCGUUUGCCACCCCGGCUGGUCUGCUGAGCCGUGAGGCAGCUCGGUUUACCGAGAGCUUCGCAUUCACGAUCGGUGUUGGGGAUGACUUUGUAAUGCGAUUGGGUGUAGACUCGAUCGAGAACUUGCGCACAAGCGUGAUCGAGACGAUCCGGGCGUGUAAGUUGCCAAAGUGGCGCAUCAUGCUGAACGGGUUUGGAUACGCGCUGUUCGGAGUGCCAUCGAGGGAUCUGGAGACGACCUGGCACGAUGUGACUGAGAUCACAAAGAAGGCCGCUCAAAGCCCGCUAUUGUCUGAGGAACGACCCAUCCAAACGGUCGCUACAGCGGAAGGUGGCUUGCUGUCGAGCGAAAUUUCCCUGAGGCGUUUCGCCAAAACGCGACUCUACACCGGCGGCCGGAUUCUGCACAUAGUGCGUAGAAAGAAGACGGAACUAGAAAAGAAAUCAAACAGCGGCGGACCAACGUACGAGAUGCGUUGGGCAACGGCCGAAGACUUCACCGAGCUGAAGGUAAUGCCGCGCAUGCUGUUGGACCACCUGCCCGAUAACGUUUUCAAGACGCUCACUACCAUCCUGGAGGAUCAAAAAACGCACAACGGAUCCAUUCUGUCGCUGCAGGAGAUAUGAUCGGUACAGUCCUGCCCCGGUACGCUGAGCCUUGGGGACCACCAGACAUACACACUACAGUGCCUUACGUGACAGCUAUCUUGCCAGAUUGAUUGGCCCGGACCCAGAGUCAAUCAUAUCUUCCCUGAAAGGGUUCAGCCUACCCUAACGAGUGGCCGCCAAGGCCUCCCCUCCGUGAACGUAUAUCCACGAUGACCUAAGAUGAUAUUACUAGCCCCGUCCUUCCGCCCAAAACUAAUUUGACUUUAAGCGUAUGACAAAGAGCAUUCCAGCGAGAAUAGCAGCCAAAUUAACAUUCCACAUUUUAUGUAUUAUAGUCCCAUUGUGUUUUAAUUGAGCGUGGUUUAGUUAGUGGUUUCUCAGACGACUCUGUCCAGCAUACGUGCCAGGACGGAGCGAGGGAACCAUCAUUAGGUAGACCGGUACUAGCAGCAAUGAUAGUGGUAGGAAUUGUAACUAAGCAAAAAUGAGCCCCACAUGAGCAAGAGACAGAAAGGGAAAAAAGAGAAAGAGCAAUGUUCGAAAGGCAAGUUCUUGCCAUUUUCCCCCUGCAUUGUGUAUAAAAACAAAAUGAAACGUUGAUCGGAUUGCGGCGAGAAAAACCGAGAACCACCGCAUGUCUAAUACAUUUUCGGUUGUGAUAGGAACGCAGAAAUAGAUAGAGGAGGUAGCAGGAAAAGAGCACGAAAGGACAUGAAAGACAUGUGUCCACGAUGCAAAUGGAACUGCGUUUCCGGAACGAAAGGUAUUUAUUAACUUAUAAAGUUUGUUUUUUUUUUGUCACAAAUUUGUCCUUCCUUUUCGAACGCCGAGCUGUGUUGUAGGUAUAUAAUAGUGAUUUUCGAAAACGUUUCGAGAGCGUUGGCAAACAAGCGGUUGAUUAGAAAUAAAUAACUGGUGAGCCCGUCCUGUGUUUUUAUAAUAUACUUUUUAAAAUAAAAAGGUCCGGUGUUUCAUGUUAAGCACAUUCGAAAUUACAGUUGAGAAAAUGCAUUGCCUUUACGUGUGUUCCUUUCGAAUACUUUAUAUGUAA